AUGGCUUUGCAAAAGUUUCCUCUCGUGGGGCUGCUUUUGCUCCUAACCAUCGUCGUCUCUACAGCAACAGCUGAUGGGCCUGUUUGCCCGCCGUCGACCAAACUAAGCCGGUCAAGUUUCCCUCAAGGUUUCUUAUUUGGCACUGCUACUGCAGCUUAUCAGGUUGAAGGUGCAGUGAAUGAAACUUGUCGUGGACCGGCCUUAUGGGAUAUCUUCUGUAAGAGAUAUCCAAAGAGAUGCAAUAACGAUCAUGCCGAUGUAGCCGUUGACUUCUUCCAUCGCUAUAAGGAAGAUAUUCAGCUCAUGAAGAGCCUAAACACAGACGCUUUCAGACUCUCCAUCGCGUGGACAAGAAUAUUUCCUCAUGGAAGAAAGGAGAAAGGAGUGAGUCAAGCUGGUGUUCAAUUUUACCACAACGUCAUCGACGAGCUCCUAAGAAAUGGUAUAAUCCCGUUCGUGACUGUUUUUCAUUGGGACACUCCACAAGAUUUAGAAGAUGAAUAUGGUGGAUUUUUAAGUGAAAGAAUUGUGAAAGAUUUCCGGGAGUAUGCUGAUUUUGUUUUCCAAGAAUACGGUGGAAAAGUGAAAAAUUGGAUCACUUUCAACGAGCCAUGGGUUUUUGCUCACGCCGGUUAUGACGUUGGCAAGAAAGCACCAGGACGUUGCUCUUCUUAUGUUAAUGCUAAGUGCCAAGACGGACGAUCAGGCUAUGAGGCUUACCUCGUCAGUCAUAACCUCCUUAACGCUCACGCAGAAGCCUUUGAAGCUUUCAAACUAUGCAAACAGUGUAUAGGUGGGAAGGUCGGUAUCGCACAUAGUCCGGCUUGGUUCGAACCACAUGACCUUGCUGAUUCACAAGAUGGUUCCUCCAUUAACCGUGCACUUGACUUUAUGUUGGGAUGGCAUCUGGAUACUACUAUGUAUGGGGAUUAUCCACAGAUAAUGAAAGACAUUGUUGGACAUAGAUUGCCUACAUUUACUACCGAGCAGAAAGCAAAACUGAAAAACUCCGCCCAUUUCGUUGGGCUCAACUACUACACGUCCACGUUUUCAAACCAUUUGGAGAAGCCGGAUUAUUCCAAACCAAGAUGGAAGCAAGAUUCUCUUAUCAGUUGGGAACCUAAGAAUGUGAAUAAUUACACCAUUGGUAGCAAGCCUUUCACCGCUGCACUACCCGUUUACGCUAAAGGCUUUAGAAGUCUUUUGAAGUACAUCAAGGAUAAAUACGCAAACCCUGAAAUUAUGAUCAUGGAAAAUGGAUAUGGAGACGUACUUGGGGCCACAGAUUCGGUUGAAGUUGGUACUGCUGACCAUAACAGGAAGUAUUAUCUUCAAAGGCAUCUUUUGAGUAUGCAAGAAGCUAUUUGCAUCGACAAAGUAAAUGUUACAGGAUACUUUAUAUGGUCACUGUUGGAUAACUUCGAGUGGCAAGAUGGUUAUAAGAACCGGUUCGGACUCUAUUACGUUGAUUACAAAAAUAACCUCACACGUCAUGAGAAACUUUCGGGCAAGUAUUACAAAGAAUUCCUCAGUGAAGGAGUUCGUCCAUCGAUGAUCAAGAACGACGAGCUUUGA